CACUAUCUUUAAGGAUUUUAAAUCUCCAACCACCAUCGAAAGCCACACCAACUGAAUCAACAAUUUGUGUUUUAGAGUGCGUAUGGUUAAAAGAAAGGAAAUCGUUUUUCUUGAGAAAAUAAUUUCCCUUUUUUGAAGACGUGACAUUUUUUCUAUGUGCUCCUUACCUUAUCUUUACUGUUCUAACUUCCAUUCUCAAUCUUCUUCCCUCCAUUUUAAUUUUCGCUUUCCAAUUAAUUAUUUGGUGAAGGAACCAAACAAAGAAAAAUUACUGUGUUUCGAAAAUGAUUUUCCAUUAUCCAUGAAAAAGUUCUCGGCCCAACCAACAAAACAUUAAAACGUCACUGAAUUAUUAAACAGAAGACCCAAAUUGAUUGAAAAUGAAGUUUGAGUCCCUUACAAAAGCAUUGCAAGAUUGUCUAGUAUUCCCUUACAGAUUAGGCUACAGACAGCAAACAACAAAAAUGGGUUUUUACAGAUCAAAAACUUCUACUCUUGUUCUUGUUUUAUAUCUUCUUUCACUCUUGAAUAAAUUCGAGACGAAACACAACACUCAUCAUUCCCAUCCUCAUCACAAGCAUUCACACUCUUUUGUUACUAAUACCAGGUUGAACCAGGCAUAUAUUGCUCUCCAAGCCUGGAAAAAAGUCAUCUAUUCUGACCCAACAAACUUCACUUCCAACUGGGUAGGAUCUUCUGUGUGUAGCUACAGAGGAAUAUUCUGUGCACCUGCUAUCGACGACAAUUCCACCACUGUUGUAGCUAGUAUUGACCUCAAUCACCUUGACUUAGCUGGGUUCCUUCCAGAUGAACUUGGCCUUCUCACUGACCUUGCAGUCAUCCAUAUAAACAGCAACCGCUUUUGUGGGAUCGUCCCACUAACUCUGUCAAACCUUACCCAUUUGUAUGAACUUGAUCUUAGUAACAACCGUUUCGUGGGUCCAUUUCCGUCUGUAGUCCUCUCUUUGCCGUCCCUCAAGUAUCUCGAUCUUCGAUACAACGAGUUUGAAGGCGCGGUUCCAUCUGAACUCUUCAAUAACAAGUCUCUUGAUGCAAUCUUUGUUAAUAAUAACCGCUUCACAAGUGUAAUCCCGUCUAACUUAGGCAUGUCUACAGCUUCUGUGGUUGUUUUCGCUAAUAACAGAUUUGGUGGGUGUUUGCCUCCAAGUAUAGCAAAUUUUGCUAACUCAAUCGAGGAACUAUUAUUGAUCAACACGAGUUUAACCGGGUGUUUGCCCGUAGAAGUUGGAUACUUGUAUAAAUUGAGGGUGCUAGAUGUGAGCUACAAUCAAUUGGUAGGUCCAAUACCUUAUAGCAUUGCAGGAUUAGCUCAUUUAGAGCAGCUUAAUUUGGGCCAUAAUAUGAUGAGUGGAGAAGUGAGUGAUGGGAUAUGUGUUUUGCCUAACUUGGCUAAUUUUACACUUUCUUACAACUUCUUCUGUGAAGAGGAAGGACUAUGUUCUAACUUGACAUCAAAGGGAACUCUGUUUGAUGAUCGCUGGAAUUGCUUGCCGGGGAAGAAACUACAGAGGAGUAAGAAGGUAUGUGAUGCUAUUUUGGACCAUCCGGUUGAAUGUGAAGACUUUCAUUGUCAAUCCUCUUAAUUAGUUUCUUGUGUGUAAAUCUUGUUAUAAUACUAGUACUAUCUUUGUUUAGCUGAAAACGGAGACUAGAGACAAAUAAUUGAAAGGUUUAUUAUUCCUUUAUUGUCUGCUUUGUAAAUUUGUGUGAAGAUAGUUGAAUACCUGUAAAAUUUCUCUAUGCCUACUGUAAGAUUCUGCACCCAAAAAUAAAAGAAGUUUUCAGUUCAAGAGUAUA